AUGGAUAAGGAUGACCCGGCUAGGAAAGAUGUGAACCAGGAGCAGGAAGGAAAUACCGGGAAUGCAGGCGGAGCAAUGUCGAGGGAGCAGCAGGGGCGGCCUAGGCGCCACCCCAAAGGCUUUGCCAUCUCGCGCUCGCCAAAAACAAAGUGGACCGCCAGCUUGCAACGCCGGAACAAGGGAAAGGAGAAAGUAGAAACCUGGCUCUCUGGGAUGCCGGUGAAAAAGGUGGUUCGAAAUGAGGCUACCGAGGGAAGAGCUGUUGGGGCUCGCGGCCCAGAAGGGGAGGAAGAUAAUUCUCCUAUAUAUGAGGAGAAGCUUGUGCGCCCAGCAACACCUCAACCUCACAGGAGGAGAUUGCUGCUAGAGGAAGAAACGGAGGAUGAGGUCGGGCCCUUGUUCACUUCUCUGCAGUGCACAGGGCAGGCCGGGGAGGGUGGAAAUGGCGCUGACGGACGCGAGAAGACAAUCCCUAAGUUGAAGGCUGCGAAUGUGGGUUCUACCCGCCAGCAAACCUCUCGCCGGCUUGUCAAAGCCUCAAUCGCUCGCCAGUCUCCCAAUGCUGAGGUUGCGGAUAAAACUCCAAAAAAGAUGGUGGAGAAAAAGAAGCAGAGGACACCACGUCAAGGGUCUAAAAUGAUGGGCAUUGAAAAGGGUAAUUGGGUGGAGGUCCCUGUGAAAGAGGUUGUAGCUGUUAUUUCCUCCCCAACCUUGGAUGCGCCUAUCCAAAAGAGGAGUCCGGGGGUUGUGUCAAUUGAAACCAACCCGGAGGGAGACGGGAAUCGCUUCGAAAUUAGAAGCAGAGGACAGCGGCCGACUAGUGGUCACGUCCAGCAGGUGGUUCGAGCUUUUGAAGCAAGGUUAAGCUUUGGCGAGCCCCUCUCCCUCACCCGCUGA